AUGUUGAGAGUAGCUUUUUCCAAGAGGCUGUUAAGAACUGUCCCUGAACAUUCUAGAGUAAUCGCAUCUAGUAUAACCACAGAAGGUGUCACUGGUGUGAUUACCAAUGGAUCAUAUGCUGAAUAUAAUGAUAUACCACGUAAAGUUUCCAAGAGAUGGUUUUCAAGUACUAGAAUAAGUGCAUUUUCCUAUGCUAAUAUUGUGAAGUCAAUGGAAAUGAAAUUUGAUGACCUUACAGUGAAAGAGAAACAGAUAUUGACAGAAGAAAGGGCAAUUGAUAAAGUUGAUGUGUGUAUUGUUGGUGGUGGCCCUGCAGGUUUAGCUACUGCCAUAAGACUAAAGCAGUUGGAUUUGGAAAAGGGAGAGGGAAAUUUAAGAAUCGUUGUUUUAGAGAAGGCCAGCAGCAUGGGUGGACAUACUGUUUCUGGUGUUAUUUUGGAACCAAUUGCCUUUAGAGAAUUGUUUCCAGACUCUGAGUACUACAAUGAUACUGAUAAUACUAAGGAAAAUGGAAUUCCUCUGCCAGCUGAUAUAGUUACAAAAGUUACUGGAGAAAACUUGAAGUUUUUUCUGUCACCUAAAAUAGGUUUACCUGUCCCUGAACCUCCACAAAUGGUUAAUAAGAACAAAAACUUUAUUGCUUCUUUGUCUCAAGUGACUGCUCAUUUGGCUGAAAAGGCAGAAGAACUAGGUGUCGAAAUCUACCCAGGCAUUGCAGUUUCAGAUAUCAUAUAUGGCAAGACAAAGGACACCAAUGAAACUUAUGUCAAGGGUGUGGCUACUAAAGACCUUGGCAUUGCUAAAACUGGGAGACCAAAGGCUAAUUUUGAAAGAGGUUUAGAAUUUCAUGCAAGACAAACUGUUUUUGCUGAAGGUUGUCACGGUUCGUUAACGAAAAACAUUAUAAAACAAUUUGAUCUACGUAACGGAAGGCAAAAUCAAUCCUAUGGUCUUGGUAUUAAAGAGGUAUGGGAAGUGAAAGACGAAAACUUUAAACCUGGAUUUAUUGCACAUACAAUGGGUUAUCCAUUAACUAAUGAUGUAUAUGGUGGUGGAUUCCAAUAUCAUUUUGGAAAAAAUUUGGUUGCAGUAGGUAUAGUAGUAGGUCUAGAUUAUAAAAAUCCAUGGGUAUCACCUUAUCAGGAAUUUCAAAAGUUGAAAUCAAUGCCAUUUUACACCAAAGUCUUAAAGGACGGUAAAUGUAUUGAAUAUGGUGCCAGGGCAUUAAAUGAGGGUGGAUUACAAGCUAUCCCUAAAUUAUACUUCCCUGGUGGUUUGUUAGUUGGUGCUUCUGCAGGUUUUAUGAAUGUGCCAAAAAUCAAAGGUACUCACACAGCAAUGAAAUCAGGUAUACUAGCAGCAGAAGAGAUGUUUAACGUCAUUAAAGAAUUACCUUCUCUUGAAGAAUUGGAGGAAUCUUCUGUUGAAGAAUUGGUUGAUCAACCUAUAAAUUUGGAAUCAUAUGAACUGGCCUUUAAGAAUUCAUGGGCAUACAAAGAAUUAUAUGAAGUCAGAAAUAUCAGACCAUCAUUUAAUAGUGCUCUAGGUGGGUAUGGUGGGAUGGCUUAUUCCGGUAUAGAUUCCUAUGUUUUUAAAGGAAGAGUUCCUUGGACAUUCGGUUUUCAUAAAUCUGAUGCUAAAAUUACAAAAUUGGCUAAGGACUAUAAACCGAUCCAAUACCCUCAACCUGACGGCAAAAUAACAUUUGAUAUAAUGACCUCAGUUUCCAGAACAGGUACUUUCCAUGAUGAAGAUGAAAGAUGCCAUUUACGAGUUGCAGAUCAAAAUCUUGAAAAACAUGCCAGUGUUUCUUAUAAAAAUUGGAAAGGUAUCGAAUCGAGAUUCUGUCCUGCUGGCGUAUAUGAAUACGUCAAAGAUGAAAAGUCAGCACUCGGUGUAAAAUUUGUGAUUAACUCUCAAAACUGUAUUCAUUGCAAAACGUGUGAUAUCAAAGAUCCUUCUCAAGAUAUCAACUGGGAAGUCCCAGAAGGUGGUGACGGUCCAAAGUAUACAGUCACAUAA